GCAGACGCCUCGGAUCUGCCGGCCGCUGGGACCCAGAGCUGCAUCCGGUCGCCGCGGGCGUCGGCGGAGCCGCUUGCCCUCCGCGCCUCGCCCGAGGCGGUCCCCGCACUUGCUGAGUUAGAGAGAGAAAGAGAAAGGUCUUCCUUCCACUGGUUCACCCCCCAAAUGACCACUACGACCGGAGCUAUGCCGAUCUGAAGCCAGGAGCCAGGUGCUUCUCCUUGAUCUCCCAUGUGGGUGCAGGGGCCCAAGCACUUGGGCCAUCCUCCACUGCCUUCCCGGGCCACAACAGAGAGCUAGACUGGAAGAGGAGCAACCAGGACUAGAACCCAGUGCCCAUAUGGGAUGCUGGCACGGCAGGUGGAGAAUUAACCAAGAUUUUUCAAAUCGCACUCAGUUGAUAGGAUGAAAAAAUUUAAGAGAAGACUGUCCCUCACACUUCGAGGAAGCCAGACUAUUGAUGAAUCACUGUCUGAAUUGGCUGAACAAAUGACUAUUGAAGAAAGCAGUAGCAAAGAUAAUGAGCCUAUUGUGAAGAAUGGCAGGCCUCCGACGUCUCACAGUAUGCAUUCCUUCCUCCACCAGUACACAGGGUCUUUCAAGAAGCCCCCACUGAGGAGACCACACAGCGUUAUUGGAGGAAGCCUUGGCUCCUUCAUGGCAAUGCCCAGAAAUGGAAGUAGAUUAGAUAUUGUUCAUGAAAAUCUAAAAAUGGGAUCAGAUGGUGAGAGUGACCAAGCCUCUGGGACAUCAUCUGAUGAAGUCCAGUCGCCUACUGGUGUUUGUCUCAGAAAUCGUAUACAUAGACGGAUCUCAAUGGAGGAUUUAAAUAAGCGGUUAUCACUGCCUGCAGACAUCAGAAUACCUGAUGGAUAUCUUGAAAAGUUACAAAUCAACAGUCCACCAUUUGAUCAGCCAAUGAGCCGAAGGUCUCGUAGAGCUUCCUUAUCAGAAAUCGGGUUUGGGAAAAUGGAAACCUACAUCAAAUUGGAAAAGCUUGGAGAGGGUACAUAUGCAACAGUGUAUAAAGGAAGAAGUAAAUUGACAGAAAAUUUGGUGGCGUUAAAAGAGAUCCGACUGGAACAUGAAGAAGGUGCACCAUGCACAGCUAUAAGAGAAGUUUCACUAUUGAAGGAUUUAAAACAUGCAAAUAUAGUAACCUUACAUGACAUUGUUCACACAGAUAAAUCCUUGACUCUGGUCUUUGAAUAUCUGGAUAAAGAUCUGAAGCAGUAUAUGGAUGACUGUGGGAACAUCAUGAGUAUGCAUAAUGUAAAGCUGUUUCUAUACCAAAUUCUACGUGGUUUGGCAUAUUGCCACAGAAGAAAGGUGUUGCAUCGAGACUUGAAACCACAGAACCUCCUCAUUAAUGAAAAAGGAGAAUUAAAGCUUGCAGAUUUUGGAUUAGCUAGAGCCAAGUCAGUUCCCACAAAGACCUACUCAAAUGAAGUUGUCACGCUGUGGUACCGGCCACCUGAUGUGCUUCUGGGUUCCUCGGAGUACUCAACCCAGAUUGACAUGUGGGGUGUUGGUUGCAUUUUCUUUGAAAUGGCUUCUGGAAGACCUCUAUUUCCAGGAUCAACUGUGGAAGACGAACUGCACUUAAUUUUUCGACUGCUAGGAACUCCAUCUCAGGAAACAUGGCCAGGUAUUUCUUCAAAUGAUGAGUUCAAGAACUACAACUUUCCAAAAUAUAAACCACAGCCUCUAAUUAACCAUGCACCAAGGUUGGACUCUGAAGGAAUUGAGUUGAUAACAAAAUUUCUUCAGUACGAAUCCAAGAAAAGGGUUUCAGCAGAAGAGGCCAUGAAACAUGUAUACUUUCGAAGUCUGGGACCAAGAAUACAUGCUUUACCAGAAAGUGUAUCAAUAUUCAGUUUGAAAGAGAUUCAGUUGCAAAAGGACCCGGGUUUUCGAAAUUCUUCUUAUCCAGAGACAGGACAUGGGAAGAACAGAAGACAGAGCAUGCUCUUUUAAGUCUGAUAACAUGGUUUCAAGCCCAGCCCCCAGCCUUUCUUAUCAAUCAAGGACUCAGAUCUGAAGGCAAUUAUUUCUUUUGGUGAACUUGGAAUCUCCAUUUGUCUACACUGUCCUCUUCACAGUGGAGUCUUUUUAUUUCAGACCUACAGAUUGUUUUUAUAUUUGUUGUCACAGUGUGACAAUGUUUUUGUACAGUCAGUUUUCAGGUCUUCUCUGCCAUUAGAGCCAGUAGGUUACAGCUGUUGAUGUAACUGUAGCUGCAGUUUUUGUGCAGGACUGAGAAACACAGUGCAUUAUUUAUUGCGGAAUCAUUGCUGCUAAAUAACUACUGUCUGUUUAACACAAUAGUUGGAUGCCUGAAGUUGCAGUGGCUUUAUUAUAUGUGAAUGCAUAUGUUUCUCCUCACGAAUUGUUUUACUGCUGCAUUUUUUGUUUGUUUGUUUGUUUGUUUUUAAAAUUAAACUGCAGUGUUUCCUGGAAUGUAAAUUAGCUUUGCUUAACAGUAAAAUAAGUGAGCCAUCUUGAACACUCUAAGUUCAUGCUGUAUAAUUUCUUAUUGAACAUUAAUAAAGAGUAGCUAAGAGAUUGAUAAACACAUUAUGUCUAGGAAAGCAUGUGAUGCAGAAUUUGAUUCAAGAAAGUGAACAUCUGACAUUUUGGAGAUUUCACAUUAGACUAAUAAAGCACCAAAAUUGUUCAUUUUUACCUAUUUCUCAUUUUAGAAAUGUCUGCUGUAUAUUACUGGAUAUCUGUAUACUAAUACACUCAUCUAUUUUACAUUGUCCUUUAAUUUAGUUAAAACUUAGCCAUGUAAGUCAAUUCAAGCAUAAAAGGUCCUGCUUUUAUUUGUUUUAAAUACAUUUCUUUUUUUAUUAGAAUGGAUGAUCCUUCAUUGGGGAACAAUUUCUUUCAUUUGGGGGCUGUGUGUAUUUUUGUAACAUUUACUUGGAAUCAGCUGAAAGCUGUAAUAUGUCCUUGAAUGAGCCAAGAUAAAUUGCAAAUGAAAGAAAUGAGAACUUAGAGGACUGCUUUAAAGCAUUGUAGGUAUUAUCUGUUUACUAGAGAUACUAAAUAUUAGUUUUAAGAGAACAUCAUAAACACUUUGGUGUUGGAAACAGUGUUUUAAAAGCAUUUGUGUUCACUUUUAAGGACUAUUUGUUUAGUGCAUCUUAUAAACUAUAAAUCUUACUUGGUAUAUUUUGAAAUGGUCAUGUAAAUUUUUGCCUUAUAUCAUGAAAAUAGUCAUAACUUAAUUUUUUUUCCUGGCAUUCACUGUAAAACAUUCAGGGGUCCUACCAUUUCUGUUCAGGAAAUCUUGUAGUUUAUUGUUAUUUAACAGUAUUAAGUGAAUUUUUGUAUAUUUCAUUUUAACUUUAUUUGUGAAUAGUGAUUGUGGCAUGUUUGGGGGUGUUAUUUUAAUAUUUUCAUGAUACUGAAGUUUUAAUUUUAAAAAAAAAUGUUCUGGAAGAAACAGAUUCAUGUUGUAAUGGUGAAUAUUGGACCACUACUGCUUUUCACAUUUGUAAGUUGGUUUUAUGUUAAACCUUGUAGCCUAACAAACUGCUGUUAUUUCUAACUGACAGACAUGUAUUAAUAUUGUACUUUGAAGGUUAUAAAUAUUAUGUGGAAAUUCCUCCAUUUUGUUUUGAAAUUUAUAAUAACAAAAUCUCCAUGUUGUUAAAA